GUUCGAAUGCUUUGCGCGCGCACGAAUCUUCGGACACAGCCUCACAGCCGCUGUCGCGGAAGUCGUUCUAGUGCACCUUCCGGGAGUCCACCUUCUUGCGGCUACAGUGCCUCUCGUCUUAAGAGAACAUGGCGGCAGUAAGCAGCAGCAGCAGCAUCUGGACCGGACGCGAGCAGCUCGUUACCCUCAGGCAGCAGGAGGAUCUUGGAGAGCUUCCGCGUCUACGCCAGGCGCGCAUAUAAUAUCGCGUCCGCUGAUUUACGAGGCCACGUUGACAAGACCGUUAAUUUAGCAAUUUUAUUGCAUAUCGCAACGAGCAAAAAUGAUGUCAACGAAACAUCUAUUUGCGACAGGGCGUUGAGGGACACGAAUAAUGGAGCGCGAUCCACCCAUAGUGGAAAGUAAAAAGGCCACGAAAGCGGAGCAUGAGAAGAGUCUCAGCAAAGAAUUCAUCCGAGCGUUGAGCUUGCUCUACUCCCCUGAAGCCAACAGCGCAGAAGAGCUUCGGCUGAUGCUGGAAAUUGAAAUCGCCAAACAAAAAAAACUGAAGCAGACGAAAUUACGAAAGUAUCAGCAGCGACUCAAACGACGAAAAGCAUGCGCCGCCGACAUUGUGGGCAGCGAGCACUUGACGGCCGAAAAAAGCUCGAGACCGCAGACAAAACAGACGAUCGCCGACAAAAAAGCACAAGUCAUUGCUAAUCUGGAGCCCGCUGCUGAAGACUUUGCAAACAAGGACGACAUACCGAUAAUUUCUAUACCCGACGAGGAUCAGAAUGACGAGGCAGUUUGUAAGGUAUGUAAUGUGCCAGGAUUCGGUCCACUUACGCUUACACAAUGCAAUGCUUGCGAAAAAUAUUACCAUCAACUUUGCCAUCAACCACCAAUCGUAGAUGCUUGCCUUCAAGAAUUUCAUUCAUUGUGGCAUUGUGAAGAAUGUAAAAACAAUAAGAUUACCAAAGUUAGAUAAAAUAAAAAACUAUUAAUUCAAGAGCUGCGUCACUGAAGUAAUGUAUGAAAGUUCAUAUCGGAAGAAUUUUGAUUUUUGGGUUAUUUUAUUUUAGAUUAUAUAAUGCGAGUGCUAUUUUCAACAGCACACAGAAUAGAGUUGCUUCUAAAAAAAUUAACAAAUGACAUGAGUGGAUUUAUUAGG